UGUCAUCCAAAAUCUAAGCCCGAGCCUGCUUCCAACACUUACAAAAACGAGAGGAGAGAAGCAAGCAAGGGUUUGUUUGCCUAUCCCUACCUCUGUGCAACAUUUUUUUUUCCAGUAGCUUCGAUUCCUAAAUUGAUUCAUCCAGUAGAACAAAAUCGAAAUAGCAGAAGCAUUAAUCUGAAAGCAACAGGGAAAGGAGAAGAGCAGUAAUUUAAUCAGGUUUUUAAAGAAAAGACAGGUGAAGAAGAUGAAGACGACUAAAGGAGGCAAAGUUAUGAACCCUACGGAUGCUUACCGUAAGGAGCUUCGUAAGAAGGAAUUAAAACGGAACAAGAAGGAAAGAAAGAAGGUGAGAGAGGUGGGGAUUUUGAAGAAGGAUCCUGAUGUGAUCAAGGAGCAAAUAGAGAAGUUGGAUUUGAUGAAGGCUGAUGGUGCUUUAGACAAAGCAAGAAAACACAAAAAGAGACAACUUGAGGAUACUCUUAGCCUUGUUAUAAAGAAGAGAAGGGAAUAUGAAGAUAAAAUGAAGGAGAAGGGUGAAACCCCUGUGAUGUUCAGUCAUUUGGGCCCUCUUCGAAGAAGGACAUCUGCAGAAGAAGAAGAAAGAGCCAGGCAUCCAAAGCCUGAAGACUCUGUGUACUAUCACCCUACUAUGAAUCCUACUGGAGCCCCACCACCUGGAAAGCCUCCCAUGUAUAAAUCAUCCAUAGGACCCCGGAUUCCUUUAUCUGGUGCUUCAUCCUCCACAGCUGAAUCAGAGGAUGCUGCUUUAGCGGUACCUCCUCCCUUGCCAGAGAGCGGGGAAUUAGGCCCUGGUGAUGGCUCUGCUAUACCUGCUUUGUUGCCCCUACCUCCUCCACCUCCAUUGCCACCAAUGCCUGCAGCUCCAAGUUUGGGCAUGUCAUUACCCCCACCCCCUUUACCUCCACCUCCUCCAGGUCCUCCUCCAAAGGAUCAAGUUUCAAGUCACAUCUCUCUUCCCCCACCUCCACCCCUCCAACAGUCUGCUCAACCGCCACCACCACCUGGCACAAAUGAAAGUGGGAGUGAGACCAAUAUAUCUGCAUUGUUAGAUGAAUCAUCCUCCAAGGAUAAUGCUCAGGUACCUGCUUCACUCCCUCCACCUCCUCCAAUUGCAAUGCAGCUGAAGUCUGCUAAUAGUCUUUCUGAAGGCACUUCAUCCGAAGCUGAUGCCAAUACUGCAGCAACUAUGGAUAACCCUAAAAUGGUUCCUCCCCCACCUCCUCCUAGGCAACAACCUCUAGCACCCGGACAAGCCUUGACUCCAACUUUACAGCCUGAAGUUUUACCCCCAGGCAUAUCACGUUUCCCCCCACCUCCACCUCCGCCAAAUGUGCGGCCACCAUUAUCUUCUCCUGGAAUUCCUGGACAAGUGGCUCCUCCAGGGGUGAUGCUCCCAUUAAUUCCCAGACCUCCAUAUGGUCCUCCACCUGGACCUCCUCCAAUGAUGAGACCACCUCUACCACCUGGUCCUCCUCCAUUCUUUCAAGAAGAUGCUGCAAAUAGGCCACAUGUUCCUCAGAAACCAUCUUAUGUAAAAUCUGCUGCAUCCACUGUUGUUAAACGGCCGCUAGCACAGCACACUCCAGAACUUACAGCUAUGGUUCCUGCCUCAGUUCGAGUGAGGAGAGAGGCUGCUAUCCCUAAACCAAAACCAAAGGCUGUAACCUCGACAACAGCAGUAGCCACCAGGCCAGCAGCUCCAACCACUGUGAAGCCAGAUUCAACUAACUCAUCAUCAGCUCCAAGGUCUAAGAGCAUUGAUGACUCAUAUACGGCCUUUUUAGAGGACAUGAAAGCACUAGGUGCACUUGAUAGUUAAGAUCAUUAUAUCCGGUGAGAGCGUCAAAGGCAGGGGGCAGGGAACAAACGUGUACAGGCUACUGUGUUUGAUCUGGGGCUUGAGCAGAAAUAUUUGGUGAUGCCAUUGGCCUUGGUUCCGACACAACUGUUCUGUUCCGGACCAUCUCAUUGUAUCAUCAAUGCUUCAUUUAACUAUUUCUGAAAAUAUUAAAACAUCUUGAUUACUGAGGUGGGUAAGUCGGGCCAAUUUUUCUUGAGCGACAAUGGAUAUGUUAACUUGGAUGAUGGUGGAAGCUGUACUAGAUUUAAGAUUAGUAUGUGCUUAAUCAUUUCAUUUGCUGUUCCUUUUCUAGUUUGGUCUCCGUUUACUCUUCAUUUUCAACAUUUGACAGAGGUGUAUUUAAAUUGUAUGAUGCCUCAUUGAUAAAUCAGAUGCAGCAAGGACCUUGGUAA